GUUGUUUCUACAUUUUGUACUACUUAGUUUUGACUUUUGACGCAGUUCUUAAGUUAUCCCUUUCCAUAUAUAUUAUAAUUCUCUUUGGUUAUCCCAUAUCUAUAUCUAGUUUGACUCCUGUUCAUUAUUCAUUAUUCAUUGAGUGACACUGAGUAAUAUGAACGUGAACGACGGAAUUACUUAAAUUUAGGUAAUUUCAGUGAGUUAGCCAGUGAUUGAGGGAAUAUUCCAUUAAGAAUUUCAAAUAUAAUGUGUCAAUCAAUUCUUGUGUAAAUUGUGUCUGAAAUCAAAUCGUUCCCUUUACUGCAAUAAAAAUUUAAGAGAAAAAUUAAAUUCGUUAAAAGACUUUUGAUUCCAUUUGAUUGAAAACUGGUAUAAUAUAACGCAAGUUCGCGCAACAAAGAGAUAGAAGAUGGAAUGGGUGCUACGAAGUCCUCAGAUCCACAGCACAUUUAGUAAUCUUGGAUUUCUACAUGCAGAUGGGUAUCAUGUGAACCAAAAUUGUAAUGCUGCCCUUGAAGCGAUCCUGCACAAUAUUAUAACGGAAGAUAAAUAUUUACGUACAUUUCGUAGAAGUAUAAGUUUUGGCCAGAAUAUCAAGAAGGAUUUAAUACCUCUCUUGAUUCACACUAAAGAUGACAAAACUACAGAACUCUUGAUUAGAAUUUUAGUAAAUUUAACUAUUCCAAUUGAGUGUUUACUUUCAGUUGAUGUAAUUUCACAAAAUGAUUUUGGUCGACAUACUAUUUUUGAAAUUAAUAAUCUACUUACAUCUACCAAAGUUGCAUUUACAGAUCAUAGAGCAACAAGAGUAAUUAUAGAGUUCUUAAAGAAAAAUGUAGAUUUCGAACAAAAAUCAAAGCUGUCAGCAGAACAAUGUACAAAUAUAAGCAAUAGUCUUCUGCUGCUCAGGAAUAUCUUGCAUAUACCUGAAGACAACAGCAACCAGAGUCCUAGUUACAAUGGAACUGCUCACACCGUACAAAACCAGAUCCUAUGGAAUAUAUUCAGCCAAAGUAUAGAUAAAGUUCUUAUCAAGUUGAUGACCAUCCCCGAUGCGACCAAAUGGGCUGUUACAAUGGUUCAGUUAAUAGCUUUGUUAUACAAGGAUCAGCACAUCGUCACGUUGCACAAACUGCUCAAUAUGUGGCUCGAGGCGUCGCUCUCGGAAAGCUCUGAAGAUAAUGAAAGUAACACUUCUCCCCCAGACAGAGGUAGUGAAGACUCAUCACCCAUUUUAACAUCUGAUCCCACGUCGGAUUCAUCCGACACGGGUGCAAGCGGUAAAUCCAACGAUGAACCUAACUUGGUCAACAACGGUUGGGAGACUACAUCCAUGAAUAAUCAAAAUGAGAAUCUUAAUAAUACAUUUCAACAAGCAAACGAAAAGGAAGAUGAAAAACAUGAAAUGGAACAUCCCCCUGAUGAGCCGAUGAAGGUUAUCGAAAAUGAUAAAGCGGCAUCUUGCAGUAGCAAUGUUUUUUCAGAGCGAUGUGACCAAGCUCAAUCACAUACCCAAGAAAAAAAAACAAUGAUAUCUGAAAAUUCAGAUUGUGGGUACGGAACACAAAUCGAAAACCAGGAGUCAAUUUCAACAUCCAGUAAUGAAGACGAGCUGCCUGCUCAGAAACCCGUUCAUCAAAAACCCCAUAAUCCUAAACAGAGAAUCAACAACAAGGUCCGUUCUGGGGUUAAUCUUCAAGAGCGAAAAAGGAAAAAAAUCGUUAAAAGGGGCAAAGCCAACAUAAUAAACGUACAAGGAUUAUCGCAUAAAACACCGACGGACGACGAUAUAUCGAACGUCUUAAAAGAAUUUACAGUCGAUUUCUUGUUGAAGGGAUACAAUUCUUUAGUUCAGACCCUUCACAGCCAAAUUCUCACCAACAUGCAGUUAGAAAUCGACACGUCACAUUUUUUCUGGCUCGUGACAUAUUUUCUGAAGUUUGCUACACAAAUUGAACUAGAUUUGGAACACAUUUGUUCCGUGCUAUCAUUCGACAUAUUGUCUUACUUGACGGCGGAAGGUGUAAAUCUGUGUGAGCAAUUUGAGUUAGCUAUUAAGCUGGAUGGAAACGAUUUAAAACCCUGCAUGAGAAGGCUUCAUUUAGUAGUGACUGCUAUAAGAGAAUUUGUUCAAGCCAUUGAAGUGUACAAGAAGUUCUCUCACAUAUGCAAGGAUGAUCAGGAGGAGCUCAUUAAGUUGCAGAUCAAAAUGUGUGAGACUGAAGAGCUGCGAUCUCUUCUGGUGCUAUUGUUACGGCACUAUAACCCAAGAUACCAUACCAAACAAUAUUUACAGGAUCUCGUGGUGACAAAUCACAUUUUGCUGUUGUUUUUGGAUAACGUUAUGAAGUUGCCUGAUUACCACGGCUCCACCAAUAUGCUUGAUCACAUUAAACAAUUCGCUACUCCUGAGGUGAUGUACCAGUACGGACUUCUGCUGGAGGAUUACGCAGGCAACGGGGAGUUUGUGAACGAUUGCAUUUUCACUCUGAUGCACCACGUCGGAGGAGAGUUAGACAGUUUGAUAACGCUGUUCCAACCUAAGAUAUUGAAAACGUUCACUUCUAUAUGGAAAUCGGAAUUUGAAAUAUGUGACGACUGGUCGGAUUUGAUCGAGUACGUCAUAAAUACGUUCAUAAAGAAACCGCACACGUUACAAAGCAUGGCUAACUUCAGGCUGGACGCGGAAAGCUUUGAAGAUAAUAAGAUGGUUGUUAAGCCGACCGUAGUGCUGGAUCGCCAGAAUAAAACAGAGAUGAAUCCACCCGAAAUAAAGAAAAUAUCGGGAAAUAAUAACACCGGCAACUCAUCUAAAGACACAUGGACGGAAGACGAGUUAUCAUCUCUAAGCUGGAAUUACUUACAAUGCAACUCAUCGCCAGAUGUAAUCGGAGAAAUAAUUAAGUUGUUCAAAGAAGAUGGCAUCAUUAAAUCCAGAGAUUCAGUUAUAAAGGAACUAUACCAUCAAAAUAUUAUAAACAAAGAUGAUUAUGAAAGUUACGUGAAAGGUGAAAGUGAACGCAACUUUAAGGCAGUCCAGGCGAACAAAGAGUUAAGAGAAGACGAAAUCGAGAAGCUUUGUGAACAGCUUGCGCAAGACGGUAAAUCCAAGUUCUUGGAUUGGGUGCAGAAAGUGUUGCUGGACACGUGCUACGCUAAGAUAUAUUUGGAGAAGAAAAAGAACAGUGACUCUACACUGGACAACACGGAUUGCAAAUUGUUGAAUUUUGAACUGUUCAAAAAGAAGUCAAAUGAUUAUCCGGCUAUGUCGCCGGUGUCGUACCAUUCCCUGCUUUUCAACCAAUCAGUUCCGUUGGUACCUUGGAACUGUAGCCAGGCUAACAUAUGCAAAGAUUUAAAAUUCCUGCAACUAUUGCAUAAACUGGGAUUCCAUAUGCCUGUAGAUUCGGGCAAAGUAUUUAUUCGCAUUCCACAUUUCUGGGCGGCGGAGUUCCUAUAUGACGUAGCAUCCAAAAUAGCUUCUAUAGACAAAUCUAAAUUAAAGUUUUCUAUAAGUGAAUUUUCUGAAGGCGGUACUACUUUUAUAGCUAACACAAAACCAGAAAGUAAUUUGAUGCUAUCAGAUGAUUUUAGCAAAGACGUCUCUAUGAUGGAAACAUCGGAUAAUCCAUAUCAAAUCCAAAAACAAACGCAUCUCGCGACGAUGGUUAACUUUACGCCCAUGCCCGGAACCUCUUUCCACUCAGACAGUGGUGAAGUGGACAAGCACAACUGGUUAGAGGUGGUACAGAAAUCGCAAGAAUACAAAAUCAGUUUAACAAUGGCAACCCGCUCGACCGAGGAGGACGAGGAGGAGGGUUCGGACGUGGUGAUGCAGCUUCCGGUGCAGGAGCCAGCGCUGGUGCCGCUGGUGGCGCCGCCCGCGGCCGCCACGCCGCUGCUCAUGCCCGUCAAACAAGAUAUGCCCAUCUUCACCGUGAAUCUCGCUGAAUCGGAAUAUUAUAAUAAUAGUUUGUGUGAAACUGCGUCGGUUGCUUCCGACUUGACUCGAAUGUACGUCUCGGACGAAGACGAGAAGCCGGGCGACGCCGGCGCCGCGCACGCCGCGCACGCCGCGCACGCCGGGAAGCGGCCGCGCGUCGAGUUCUCACCCAAGUUUUAAUUACAACCACUAACUGCAUACAAUAGUUUCAAAUAAAUGUUAUGACUUUUAAGUAUCUCUAAAUGGUGAUGUAUUAAUAAUAUAAUGUAACGAGUUGUAUGAACUGGUAGAUGUGUAGAUUUAUUUGAUACAAAAAUCUUCCGCAUUCCCUAUUUUGUACUGUUUUUAUCUGACAGUGAAAGUGAAAUAUAUGUGUAAGAUGUCGAUUUAAAUGUUUUAAGGUGUUAUGAAAUGUUUUAAAGAUUUUUCCAUUUCGUUUGUUUUAUGUAUUAAAAUAGGUAAAAUAAUUUUUGUAAGGUGUCAAUGACCCUGUAAAUAAAUAGUUUUUUUUUGUAACAAAAUCUUUUUACUAAUAAUUUACAACAAACUUAACAAUAUUACGUAGCACACAUACAACAACAAAUAUUCUUGCUAUAUACAAUAUGUAACAAACAGAAUUAUGUUAAUAAAUACCUCUAAAAUUCA